GUAGCAACGGUUUAUAUACAUGUGUUAUCAGCUUUAACACUACAAUGGGCAUCGUGAAACUCCAGCUAUAGGGAAUGUUGCUCGCCUGGUUGAAGACUGUACACGGUAUCUCAGACUCCGAUAAGCUUUUGGUGAUCAUGUUUGGUGACAAUACGAAGCACUACAGGUAUUAUAUUUGUAAAGCUGAUUUUGUCCUGUUCAUUGCCUCAUUUCUAAGUGAAUGCUUGUGUUUGUCCAAGUUAGUUUUCUACGAUGAGAAACGGACUUGGAAUGAGGCUUACUCUAUUUGCACUCUUAAUGGAGGAUUUCCGGUAACAGUAGAUUCACAAGACAAAUACGACGUGAUAUCUACCUUUUCCACCCAAACGCCCUGGAAUUCAAUAGACAAAGUAGACAAGUCACCUGUUUGGAUCGGUCUUCACGUGACAGAUUCAGAUGGCAUCGAGAAAGCAUGGGCAGAUUGUGCACAGUACUCCUGGACAAAAUGGCAUCCAAGUCAGCCAAAUAAUCCUAAUGUGAAUAGAUGUGUCUACCUUCAGAAACUCACAGCCAACUUCUGGAUGGAUCCAUGCAAUACUCCGCAUUAUUUCAUAUGUGAAAAUAUCGAUGCGAAUCCAUGCAUUUCUCCUACAAGCAGUUGCUAUGAGGCAACUCUUGGCGUUACGGGACAGGUGGUACAGAGUAACUCCGACAACAAACCUUUAACUACCUGUAACAAUGGUAUGACCACAUCUAUCUCCACAGCAGCUGGACCAAGCACACAGAGUACUGUUAUAACCACCGAGACUUCAAGUAUACAUUUAACAUUGAACAGUUUACAGCAGGUCACAUCCUCCAACAUACCGACUGGUGCACAAUAUUUCACAAGUGAAGAAUCGUCAACUCAAUCUCAAUCCACAUUGGGAUCAACCUCAGUAUCGAUGACCAAUAGCGUACAAACAUCAUCAACUGAAAAAUCAUCAACUCAGUCUCAAUCCACUCUGGGAUCAACCUUAAUAUCAAUGACCAAUAGCGUAAAAACAACAUCAUCUGCAUUAAAUAAUGCAUUGGAAUACACAACUAUUUCUGUAGCAGAAUGUAUAUGCACUUGUGUCAACGACGGUGCCAAUAUAACAGAAUCAGAGUUAAAAAACAAAAUAGAAACUAGAAAGAGGGUUCUUGAGGUUAACAAAUCAUCUCUCUCCAGCACUAUUCGCAAAAAAGAAAGUGCUUAUGACUCCCGAAUAAGUGCUAAAGGAAUCGGAUAUGUUGGGGUGACUUUCAUUACAUUCAUCGUGGGAGGAAUUGUUUUAAUGGACCUCCAUAAUUUAUAUGUGUUUAUUGGUAAGAAACAUAGCGCAACAAAGAGUCAACAGGAAAGAACAAGUGAGUGAACGCAAUAUCAGAAUUGGGAUGGAAAUGUUUUAACCAGAGCAAUGAGCAUCCUUGGAAGUCGUAGAAAUCUGUCCAUUUCAUGUAAUAGUUCGGGAGGACGUGAAUUCCUGCCCCAACACGCCAGAAUAAACAAAUAUUCCAUGGAUUUAGUUGGUGUCCUAGAGCUAACGGUCUUGUUAAUGAUGUUCCAAAUAUUCCCGAUCGGAAUGAAUUUUCAGAUCGUCGUCCCACUAGAGGAAAUUAAUGGCGUUUCAAGGAUAUAUUAAGGCGAUUUCUGUAAAUUCUUUAUGGCCCAAUGCUAAAGAGAUCCCAAGCUAUAUUCGAAGUAAUGAUUUUUGUAUGAACAGUGUACAUUGUAAGACAUACAUAUCUAAAGUGCAUGAUUUGUUCAGCAGAAAUCGAUUGGAUAUUUUAUAGAAAAAAUAUAUUAUUAAUAAAAAUACAAUAGAUUUUAAAAUAUUUUAAUCUGAUAUUGCCGUCUCAUUUGAACAUUAAUUUCGGGAACAUAUUUAAUAGAAUGAAAUAUUGGAAACUUUCUUCGUAUUAUACAUUGUAGUCAAGUUUCACGGAGCUGUAUAUUCUGUAACAUUGCUGAUAUAGAACAUAUUUAUUGACUUAACGUAGAAAACCUGGCAAUGUAUGUGAGGUGUUCUGCAAGCUGAAGACCUGUCGAGCUCAUUACACUUACAUGCUAAGACUAUUCAAUAAAUAAUGUGUUGUACAGUU